CGUGCACAUCAACACUGACGAAGAGGGAGUCAGCACCCCAAUCGCCGGGGCACUCGGCUCCUCGUUACGCUCAUUCGCCAAUCGCCUGCGUGUCGAUGCCGUCUCCCCCGUCUUCACGGCGACGAGACCCUCAAUUCCUCGGCGCUGACGAGUUCGACGAGCUCCCAGUGAGCCAGCGGAGAUUGGGGGCCAUUCCUAGUAGCGACAGAGGCAGUCGACGACGCAGACGACGCCGAGACACCACUACAGAGCCAGAGACGCUCUCUAGCGUCGAGUUCCGACGCAGAGCGGCAUCAGAAUCCGUCGCGCCAGACUCAGAGGACGUUGCAACUCGGCGUCGAUCUCUAACAAAGGAGAACUGUGCGUUAUUUGAGGAUCUGACGCGACUGGCCGACAAGAACGAACCUGUAGACUUUGACACGUUUCGACAGAGUUCCGCGCGACGUAACAGCAGAGUCAGUGAGGCGUUGUAUAAAGACAUAGAGGAAGAGAAGGAUGGAGAACGUGACGAGGAAGAAAGUACUGCGAACGAGAAGCUGGAUACGGAAUUAUUGGAAGCCUAUUUGGCCUACUGCAAGUCUAUCGGACACGAACCGAAUAUUAAGAUCAACGACGUAGAAGAAGAUGAAGACAGUGAAGCAGGUAAAGUGGCGGCGGCGUAUGUAUCUGAACGGCCGGUUGUACCGGAACACAAACACUUUUGGACGGAUUUUAUUGGAACCAGGUACAGCAAACGUAGAGGUUGUGUACAGUUCUGGGCGUGGCUCGGUAUCGGUGUGGGCGUCGUCAUGUGGCUGGGUUUCUCGCUUUCUUCACUGCAUUUAAAUGAGGUGCUGCACUUGGAUGCAUUCACCGAACAGAACGUGCAGGUGACGCAAGACUACACGUAUCUCCAUUUCUUAGAGGAGGUUGAUUUCCAUCUCACUUACACCAUUGAAACUCCGAGUUCAAACGCCAAUGCGAAUCCCAAUUCUUCGUACUUUAACGCAUUGCUUCUCAAUGAAGACGAGUACGAACACUACGUUGAUGGUGAGCCAUUUGAGUACAUUGAAGAGGGAUCAACACUACGCACGACAUAUGCGUACUUACCGCGCACUUUCAUUGAGAAUAAGAUCGAGGAGAGUAUGUAUUUCGUCAUCCAGCCAUGCUAUCUCGCGCGAGAUCCUACGAAUGACUAUUGCCAAAUUUCACAAUUGCCAUCAAGUGUGGAUUCCGACGAGAAAAUCUUCGAUCUGGAUAAACAGGGGGAGACGAGCGAUAGAGCUGCGUGGGAACACUUUAACGUCACGUCCAUCUCGGUAAACCCCAUGCCAGUGGCGUGUAGCUCAUCUGGAAUUGUUGGUGGAGCGUAUUUACUACUAUUUCUCCCUUACUUGAUCAUCACAUUGUUCGGAUUGCGAGUUUUCCAGAUGAUCACCCACUGUGAAAGUUUCCAGAAGAAUAUUGAGCGUAUUUACGCACGGGAACUCAAUGUACCCGAGAACGAGGUGGACUACUGGCAGCCUAUGCCGUGGGAUCGCAAGGUUCCCAAAACCAGAUUGUGUGGACCCUGUUGCUGGAAGAAAUUUCGUCGACCGUUUGAGCCGUUCUACACUUGGUGGCGCCAUGAAAACUACUUCACGUGGGUGUUUUGCCCCUACCGCAACGAACAACUUUCCCGUGGUGAACGCGCGUUGAUCGUAGUGUGCUCACUGUACAUUACGUUUUACGUAUUGUUCAUUAUCGUCAUGUUGCGCGAUUCAUGGGGAGCGGAUAUCACCAUCUUCACGUCAGUGGUGCUGUAUGCAAUCAUGGUAUCUGUGCUACCAUCAGCAGGAAAGGCCAUAUUUAAGGAGCUUUUCAAGCUCAUUUUCCGUCAACGACGCAAAUAUUUCCGUGCCAAGGCUGCGGGUGGAGAUCUGAGUGGGUUUUCGUUCCGAUUGGCGUUUAUUUUGCAAGUUUUGGUGGUGGUUCUCCUCACUUUAGCACAAGCUCCGAUCUUCUACAUCUGGGCUUUUCGUAGUUGCCUUUUCCUCAAGCAGUUCAUUUAUUACGGCGUAUUGGCAGCAAUUGCGCGGAUGUCGCUUAUGGGUCUUGUGCAAGAUUUCGCGUGGUAUCUGAUCAUUAAAACAUGGGGCUGGAAGGAUCUGUGUCCGUAUUGUACGGAGCGUAUCAAGCACUGCGACUGCUUCAACGACGAAGUGCUGGUGCUUGCGGUUCAACACGUUGGACCCAAGUGGGAACUGAUUCGGGUUCUUGAUAAUUUACUCGCGAAGCAGAAUAAUUACGAACCGCAAUUUGCAUUGUACACGUCGGAACAACUGCGCGAACGAUGGGAUGUUAUCGUCGAAAGAGCUGAAAAGCACAUGGAAAAAGUGGAAAAGCUUCGAGCUUAUCGCGAAAAGAAACGGCAAGACGCGUUGCGGCAUGACCGUAUUCGACGCAGCUUCACCAGCUUCAUUUCGUUCCAUGGCACAACUCAAGCCGUUCAUCCCAACACGGAAAACGACGGAAAUGAAAACGACAAGAAGCGAAGGGACUCGGAAAGCGAAGAAGCAUAUGAAGAUCCUUUGGACCCGGACGAACACUUAUGCAAUCUCCGGGAGAAGAAAAUUUUGGCGCUGAAUAGUAAAAUUCAACUGGACGAGUUCGAAAAACACUACGACUCCAACAUCUCGGCCGUUUUCCACGCUCUCGCUCGCUCCGUCACCAAGCGCCGGCACCACGAGAAACACGAGCAUGAGGAUGACUCAGAAAACGAGGGUGGAGACUCACGCAGUCCAAGACCGACCCUCACAACGCGUCAGAGCAGCGAAUCAAGCAGCGACGGAGAGACCAUGUGGGUCUUCGACACUCCAGCGCAACGUCUUGAGCGUCGUGCAGAGGAGAGAUUGCAGCGUAAACGUGCGUUCCGUGUGCUGAAAGACUACAACAUCGAGAGUGUUGGUCCGUCCUCCGAGCCAGCCUCUGCACCGUCAGCAUUAACUCCAUCAGGUCCAAAGUUACGACGACAAGAUACCAGGCGAAUACCGCUGCUACCGACACGGAAUAAAGCGGAAGCUCCACGAGAAGAGGAUUUUGUGAUCCUCAUGCCGGACGUGCACAGCAAGAGCGAUAAGAACAAUCGGGACAACCUCGAUACGGUGGCCAAUGGUAGGGUGGAGGACGAUUAUGACGACCAACAGGACAGCGACUAUUUUUCGAGCGACUUGGAGCGUGGUCACUCUCGCUCUGCAUCGUCCUCACAAGCUGCAAGUGCCAACCGAGUCUACGCUGUCACAGAGCGACGGAAGACGUUACUUCGACGAGUGUCUACAUCGGCCGAGGCGUUUGCAGCUUGGGCGCUGGACUAUGAUCCAAAAGCCGCACAUCAACUGUAAAAACACAACAUUUACAUAAUAAAACACAAAAAACACAAUAGAAUUUUAUUGUGGAGACGUGUGCGUCAUCAGACC